CCAGUUCUCAACCUCACAUCUGCCACAAUGCUGCUGCUCAGCCUGACCCUUAGCCUGGGCCUCCUUGGCUCCUCCUGGGGCUGCGGCAUUCCUGCCAUCAAGCCGGUACUGAGCUUCAGCCAGAGGAUUGUCAACGGGGAGAAUGCAGUGCCAGGCUCCUGGCCCUGGCAGGUGUCCCUGCAGGAUAGCAGUGGCUUCCACUUUUGCGGUGGUUCCCUCAUCAGCCAGUCCUGGGUGGUCACUGCUGCCCAUUGCAAAGUCAUCCCUGGCCGCCACUUUGUUGUCCUGGGCGAAUAUGACCGAUCAUCCAAUGCUGAGCCUUUGCAGGUUCUGUCCAUCUCAAAGGCCAUCACGCACCCUUUCUGGAACCCUACCACCCUAAACAAUGACCUGACACUACUGAAGCUCGCCUCCCCGGCCCAGUACACAAAACGAAUCACACCAGUCUGCCUGGCUUCUCCAAAUGAGGCACUGCCUGCAGGCCUCACGUGUGCCACCACUGGCUGGGGACGCCUCAGCGGCGUGGGCAAUGUGACCCCAGCACGGCUGCAGCAGGUGGCUUUGCCCCUGGUCACUGUGAGUCAGUGCAGGCAGUACUGGGGCUCACGUAUCACUGACUCCAUGAUCUGUGCAGGCGGCUCAGGGGCCUCCUCGUGCCAGGGAGACUCUGGAGGGCCUCUUGUCUGCCAGAAAGGGAACACGUGGGUGCUUAUUGGCGUUGUCUCCUGGGGCACCAGCAACUGCAACGUGCACAAGCCUGCCAUAUACACUCGGGUUAGCAAGUUCAGCACCUGGAUCAACCAGAACAUAGCCUACAACUGAGACUACGACAGGCCCUCUCCCCAUCUCAAUCCAAUAAAGACGCCAUGCUCUGUC